AUGGGGGACAGCGCAGAAGAUGGCUCCCUCGAACCUCGGGAUGCCUGGCUUGCCGCUCUCCGAAGCAGUUCGACAAAUCUUCGCAUUGAAGCACUGCGGAAAUUGCAGCAAAGUAUCCAAACGGCAGAUGAGACAGCCUCUAAAGAACUGUUGGUCGUGUUACCCGCUCUCCUCGCGACGUAUCCACGAUACCUAGAUCGAAAGUCUCGCCGAGCAGUACAGUCAUGCCUCCGAGCAUAUCUCAAAACGCCCUCUUCUGCCGAAGUUGCCUAUCCUGCCAUCACAAAAUUCCUACUACAAGAGAGCCAAAAAGCGGUCAUAGCCCCCGGAAAUGCAUUCGUUCUGCUUGAGUGGUGCUGUUUGUUCCAACAAGAAAUCCUGCUCAAUGAGAAGUCAUUCGAACAGUGCUUUGGGAAAAUAUGCUCGGCUGCUGCCCGCCUCCUGGACAAAUGUGAAGAUAAAUCUGUCCGUGGGGGAGUCCAGGAGUCGGCCUUGACAAUCGCCAGAAGGGGGUUGCGCGAUGCGUUCAAGACGACCCAGCGUGGAGAAAGAGCCCUGCAACUCGUCCUACACGAUACUGUGAGUUCCUCCGACGCAAAUGCUAGCUAUGCUCCUUACGUCGGUGUAAUUGCCGGAGUCAGUGCUCGCAUACCAGAGAGAAGAGAAGAUUUUCAACGUUCAAAGACGCAGAUUCUUGACUUCUAUGUCAAGUCCGUCAUAGGCUCAAAAUCCCCUGUGCCAUACCAGCAGUCCAUGGGUCUCAAAGAUUUCUUCCUCGACUUCGUCACCGCUCAGGACGUCGGUGAAGUCUUGGUUCCAGCAAUUGAGAAGGCCAUUCUAAGAUCUCCUGAAGCUGUCCUUCAAGGCCCCAUCGAGGCGCUGGCAUCAUGUCUGCCAUUGACACUUGACAUUUCAAGCUUCGUCCAUGGGAAGCUUGUGAAACCGCUAUUAUCAGCCAUGAACUCCACCAAUGCCAUUAUUCGCGAUGGUGCAGGUAAGGCUCUGUCGAGCCUUGUCGGCAGAGGAGGCUCCCCAGAGAUGCUGCAGAAGAUUUCUGGGGAACUGGGAUCCGCAAUGAAAUCUUCCAAGGCGGGAAGCUUUGAACUGCGUGGUAUUUUGGCCGAUGUUCAGUCAAUGAUUGCUCCUGAAUUGACGACUUCUUCUGUCAUUGUUGAAUCUAUCGUCCCUGUGGCUUCCAAGGAGGCCAACGAGGGUGCACUAAGGAAAGAAGUUGCUGCGUUAGCAACACAUCUGCCGCUUGUUGUUACAACCUCGUCAAUUAGCAAGACGCUUUCGGACUCAAUUCUCAAAGGCUGCGCUGAUAAGAAACUUCCUUUUCGCAAAUUAUGGAUUCUAUGUCUUGCAAACGUCCUCAAACGCCUCAAAGAGGUUCCCACCAAACAAGCGUCACGAGAAUUUGUCAAGUCGGCUUUGAAAACCUUACAAGACGCGCACGACGAGGUCACCCUCAAUCCCCUUCCAGCGACCCAGAAUGGUUUUGUCGCUGCGGGUUUUGGCCUUCCUGCGCUGCUUGACGCACCGAUAUUGAGGACGGAUGAGUAUAAAUCAGCCAUGUAUGAUGAACAAAGCAAGCAAUGUCUGGCUGUUCAACCGAAACUGUCCUUCCUUCUGAAUUCAAAGGUCUAUACACGACUCUUAUCUGCAGACGAUUGCCAGUGGGCGCUGUAUGCCUUGACUAACCUGACACAACAUCUCGAUCAAGCUUCAGAAGAAGCAAAAACAGCAUGGGCAAGAGCAGUGUUGCACCUCUUGCUCACCCCUGAAGUUGACUCCCGCGUGCGGAAGGAAACUGGUGUUGCGUUAUCACAGGCCUACUCGAAACAACCAGCUUCGGUCGGCCACAGCAUUGUGCUUGGUAUCUGGGACGUCCUUCGAUCCCGCGCCCUGGAGUUGACUAAGAUGGCCGAAGAUUCUUUGAACGACAAUCGUUUGCUUCAGGCAGUGAAGUGCAUAAGCAUGCCGAAGGACCGGCUGGAGAAUAUGACUCCGGAAGCGGCAAUUGAGGUGCUGCAGAAACAAGCCAUAUCUACCGUGGUGUUAUUACGUCCUGAGCUAAUUGUCAACUCUGACUGGAUUGCGACAUGCCUCGCCACUGGGAUCGAUCCAGGUGAACUUGUAAAGGAGCAACAGGAACAACUUUUCAGAGAGAUACUCUCACAUUUUGAGGCCGGCACGAUGGCGCCACUGACGAUUUUUGAGACCGCUGCCUGUAACUCUGCAGCCACAUUGGCCUUCGUGGCGUCCGACGUUUUUACGCCAGCCUUGAUUCAUCAAUUUCGGGAAGAUCUGGACCCUGCACAAUUGGAAGCCGUGGGUCCCACCGAAGCUCUCAUUGCUAGAGCCCCUGAAGGCGCCAUUGUUGUCGACGUCCUUGGCCAGCAGACAAACGGAAUCCUUGAAAACAAGAACCAGAAAGACUAUGACGUUCUUAAAUGGGAAGAAGAGAUCCGCUCCCAGUUGGCUAAGAAGAAAGGGGCGCCUCAGAAAAAGUUGACUGCGGAUCAACAAGCCAAGGUCGACGCUCAACUUAAGCUGGAAAGUGCUACGCGGGCUCGAGUGAGGUUAAUCUCAAGCAACAUCAGAAGAGGUGCAAGGUUCAUUGAGAGCCUUGCGUACGGUCCGCCAACGGAUGCAGGGCUCUGGAUGUCUCCAGCUAUUACUGCGCUAAUGGGAUCUCUUGAAGCAGGAGCAGCACUCAUAGUCGAAGAUGAGAUCGUCUCAGCUUAUCUUGCCUGUUCGGACAAAAUCUCGGACCGCCUUGGAAACAUGCGCCUUUUUGUCGGCGUUGCUACUCUCAGAUCUCUGCGGAAUGCAAACGUUCCGGAGCAUCUCUGCGUGGAACCACUUGCAGAGCUUGGAACUCGAGUGCUAUAUAGACUGAGAUUUGCUGCCGAGCAACGUCCUUUUGACACCGCUAGCACUGCUUACGCCCUCCCUUUAAUUUUUUCCGUCCUGGAGAAUGGCAAGGUAGGGAAUGUGACGGGCGACGACGCCGAUGCACAAGUCCUCCUUGCGCUCGAAUUUCUGUCCUUCCAGAUGGGAUCCGCUGCCGAUGAACACCUUCCAAGAGGAGACAUUCUACGCCACUUGAUCAACGCAAUGCGUAAGUAUAACCAGCACUACCGCAUAAUAAGAGAUUGUCUGUUUGAGCUCUGCCGCUCAAUAUCAGAAAAUGUCACUGCCGAGGAGCGAGACAUUCUCCUAUCUGCUGUUACACUACCCGAGUCUGCUGUUCGAUCUGCGGUCCUUCAAGCGAUUCAUUCAGAAAUUGAUUUGUCUGAGAUUGACAGUUCAGUCCAUAUAUGGAUUGCUUGUCAGGAUGAAGAAGAUGAAAAUGCAGAAACUGCGCUGGCAAUUUGGGAAGAGUUCGAAUUCACUGUGUCCGAAGAAUUGGUCGAGAGUAUCCCUUCAUUUUUAUUCUCAGCGGCACGAUCGACCAGAGCGGCUGCAGCAAGAGCUCUUGCGCAGGCACUUGUCCAGGUUCCUUCAAAGACCGAUUCAGUGUUGGCAUCGCUCGAAGACUCUUACCGUACAGAAGCUCAGCCAUUGGUCCCAAAGCGGAACAAGUUCGGUAUUGUGCAAAAAGGAGAUCUAGUCGAUCAGUGGGAGAAGCGAAGCGGACUCGCUCUGGCCUUCAAGGAGCUUUCUUCCGUCCUGAGUGGCUCUGCUUUGGUUCCCUUUAUGAACUUCUUGGUUUCCAAUGGCGCCCUGUCAGAUCGUAAUGCGACAGUCCGUGCAGAAAUGGUCGAGACAGGUACGGUCUUUGUCGCAGCACGAGGGAAAGAAUGCCUGGAGCCACUUAUGGAGCUAUUCGAAAAGGUGCUCCAGAGUCCUGAUAAAGGUACCGAAGAAUCAGACUGGGUCAAUGAAGCCGUAAUCGUUCUUUAUGGGUCUCUGGCUAGGCAUCUUCCCGAUGGUGACAAGCGGACAGGGAAUGUCAUACAGAAGCUUCUUGAUACUCUCAGCACACCAUCCGAAUCCGUUCAAUAUGCUGUCGCCAAUUGCCUGCCUCCACUGGUUCGUCCUUCUUCCGUCGAUGCUGGACCUUAUAUCACUUCUCUUCUAGACCAGCUUUUCCACUCCAAGAAAUAUGCUGCUCGACGAGGAGCAGCCUACGGUCUUGCAGGCAUCGUCAAGGGUAAAGGUGUGGCUGCCUUGCGACAGCACAGGGUGAUGGUCGCGUUGCGAAGUGCGACCGAAAACAAAAAGAGCCCUGAAGAGCGACAGGGAGCAAUGAUGGCAUACGAAUUGUUGUCCUUGUUGCUCGGACGAACCUUUGAGCCAUAUAUGAUUGAGAUCCUUCCCCAGUUGCUGACAUGUUUUGGCGACCCUGUUGCAUCAGUACGAGAAGCUUGCUUGGACACUGCAAAGACGUUUUUUGCCAGCUUGAGCUCCUUUGGCGUGCGUCGCGUCCUUCCAGAGCUGCUGGAAGGAUUGAAUGAGACGCAGUGGCGAAGCAAGAAGGGAGCCUGUGACCUUCUCGGUGCCAUGGCUUACCUGGAUCCGCAACAGCUCGCUACGAGUUUGCCAGAAAUCAUACCUCCGUUGACAUCGGUCCUGACGGACAGUCAUAAAGAGGUUCGAGCCGCUGCCAACAGCAGUCUCAAGAGAUUCGGCGAAGUUAUCACAAAUCCCGAGGUCAAGAGUCUCGUCGACAUUUUACUCAAAGCACUGAGCGACCCUACCAAAUAUACGGAGGAAGCUUUGGACGGGUUGAUCAAGGUGCACUUUGUCCACUAUCUCGACGCACCAUCCCUCGCCCUUGUCGUGAGGAUCUUGGAACGCGGGCUCAAUGAUCGAUCAGCUACCAAACGCAAAGCUGCUCAGAUCAUUGGGAGUCUGGCACAUCUUACCGAGAAACGUGAUAUUGUAACUCACCUGCCGAUUCUUGUCACCGGCUUACGUCUUGCGGCUGUCGAUCCAGUACCUGCAACUCGAGCAACUGCAUCCAAAGCUCUGGGCAGCCUCGUUGAGAAACUGGGCGAGGAUGCCUUCCCCGAUCUGAUACCAAGCUUGAUGUCGUCGCUUCGUACAGAUACUGGUGCAAGCGAUCGGCUCGGAUCGGCACAGGCUCUCAGCGAAGUCCUCGCUGGCCUGGGCACUGCUCGUCUUGAAGAAACUCUGCCAUCCAUCCUACAGAAUGUCGCCAGCGCACGGCCAACCGUAAGAGAGGGAUUCAUGACUCUGUUCAUCUUCCUACCGGCAUGUUUUGGCAACAGCUUUGCUAAUUAUCUGGCUCAAAUCAUCCCAUCUAUUCUCAGCGGGUUGGCUGACGAUAUCGAAGCAAUUCGCGAAACCGCUCUCCGGGCAGGCAGGUUGCUUGUGAAGAACUUUGCAACCAAAGCCAUUGAUCUGCUGUUGCCAGAGUUACAACGCGGGUUGGCCGAUGACAGCUACCGUAUCCGUCUCAGUUCAGUCGAACUUGUUGGAGAUCUCCUCUUCAAUCUCACUGGAGUGAGUGCUCAAACAGAAGCUGACGAGGAAGGCGAAGGUGCAACACAAGCAGGACAAUCCCUGCUUGAAGUUUUGGGCGAAGAAAGACGCAAUCGGGUUUUGUCUUCUCUCUAUAUUUGCCGCUGCGAUUCUUCUGCACAGGUUCGAGCAGCUGCUAUCGCCGUGUGGAAAGCACUUGUUGCAACACCGAGGACAUUGCGCGAGUUGGUGCCGACGCUUUCUCAAAUGAUUAUUGCUCGCCUUGCCUCGUCCAACAUGGAGCACAAGUUCAUUGCAGCCAACGCUCUCGGAGAAGUAAUUCGCAAGGCUGGAGAAGGUAUUUUUGCCUCAUUGCUUCCAUCACUUGAGGAAGGCCUUCAAACUGCCACCGACCCAGAUAAACGACAAGGAAUCUGUAUCGCUUUGCGAGAGAUCGUUAGCGCUGCUUCACCCGAGUCCCUUGAAGAGCACGAAAAGAAGUUGAUUGCCAUUGUCCGAUUAGCACUGACAGAUGCCGAUCCAGAAGUCCGCGAGGCUGCUGCAGAAUCAUUCGAUUCGCUCCAACAGAUGUUUGGCAAACGAGCUGUGGACCAGGUGUUGCCGCAUCUACUGAACCUGUUGCAGAGCGACACGGAGGCUGAACAUGCAUUGUCCGCCUUGCUCACGCUGCUCACCGAAGCUACAAGAGCCAACGUUAUUCUGCCUAACUUGAUCCCGACGCUCCUCACCAACCCUAUCACUGGAUUCAAUGCUCGGGCUCUGGCUUCUUUGGCUAGAGUUGGCGGUGCAAGCAUGACUCGUAGGCUGCCUACAAUCCUGAACAGUCUUGCGGACAAUAUAGUCACAUGCAAGGACGAGCAACUUCUGGAGGAACUCAAUAAGGCAUUCGACGCGACGUUGUCUUCUAUUGACGAAUUCGAUGGCCUUAACACUGCCAUGAGCGUCAUGUUGGCUAUGACCAAGCAUGAUGAUCACAGGAGACGAGCACUCGCUGCCAAUCAUUUGGCGACGUUUUUCGCAAAUCCCGUGGUCGACUAUUCGCGGUACAAUCAGGACCUCAUUCGCGCCCUCCUGAUCUCAUUCGGCGAUAGAGACCAAGAAGUUGUCAAAGCCGCAUGGUCCGCACUGAACCAGCUGCAGUCUCAUUUGCGUAAAGAAGAAAUGGAGACACUUGUCGCCUCCACUCGACAAGUCCUCCAGCAGGCUGGAACUGCGGGAUCUGUUCUACCCGGAUUUGCGCUGCCAAAGGGUAUCCUACCUGUGUUGCAGAUCUUCCUGCAAGGCUUGAUGAACGGUACGACCGAGCAACGGGUCCAAGCUGCUACGGGCAUAUCAGACAUCAUCGAGCGGUCCAGUCCCGACGGAUUAAAACCAUUUGUAACGCAAAUCACUGGUCCGCUCAUCCGUGUUGUCGGGGAGAGAUCCAUGGAUGUCAAGGUUGCCAUUCUGUCCACUCUCAACCUGCUCCUCGAGAAAAUCCCUACUUUCUUACGUCCCUUCCUGCCUCAGCUACAGAGGACGUUCACAAAAUCCAUCGCUGAUCCAACAAGCGAUGUUCUCCGUACACGGGCAACGAAGGCAUUAAGUACGCUCAUUACGUUGACACCGCGUGUCGACCCCUUGAUCGCCGAACUCGUUACUGGUGCGAAAACCCCCGACGCCGGUGUCCGCAAUGCCAUGUUGAAAGCCCUCCAGGAAGUCGUCAGCAAGGUCGGUUCUAACAUGUCCGAUGGCUCCCGCGAGUCCAUUUUGGGACUUAUGGACAGCCAACAUGACGUCCAGGAUGAUAACAUGAUGAUGACCAACGCCCGACUCCUGGGGGCCAUGAUUAAAGUUCUUCCUGCAGAGAAAGCUGCGACUUUGAUCCAAACUCGCGUGCUCGUGCAACCGGCGACCAACGCGUCGGUGCUUGCUUUGAACGCCGUGCUCUUGGAAAGCGCACCGACUUUGAUCGACAAUCCGACCUACUCGGAAGAUACAAGAAAUGUCCUUAUCGACGGCCUCACCGGGAAGAGUGGCACUUUUGUGCAACAGAACGCUGUCCUCGCAUUGGGCAAAUAUCUCCUCUCCCUGCUUGGAACAUCCUCCGACGUCCAUAUCGAAGGAACGUGCAGACCAUUGUUUGAAGCAUUGGCCUCUACAAUCCCACCAGGAGGAGACAUCGACUCGCGCCGCCUUGCACUGGUGGUUAUCCGCACCAUCUUCCGCCACCAUGGCAAUCGCCUACGCGAGGACCAUAAGCUGCUGGCCAUCCUGGUGCCGCCGGUAUUUGCAUCGGUCAGAGACGUCGUCAUCCCCGUAAAGUUGGCAGCCGAAGCAGCAUUCUUGGAACUGUUCAACGUGGUCGACGAGGAGUCGGCCGUUUUCGACCAGUACAUGGCCUCGGAGGACGGUGGCAAGGCUCUGGGCGUGGGGCCCGCGAGGAGCAUGGGAGACUACUUCAAGCGUGUGGCGCUCAGGUUGGGAACGCAGGCAAGAGAGAGGAGGGAGGCCGAAGGCGGUGUCAAGGGCGGGCUGGGGCUGAGCUCGGACGAAGAGGAAGACGAGAGGGAGGUGUGGAGCGUGGGACGCGUCGAUCUGGGUGAAGCGGGAUUUGGCGAGGAGUGA